AUGGCAAGCAUGCAAAGGUCAGAAAAUAAAGACGUUGUUUGUAGCGAAGAGCUUGGUAUUGAACCUUAUAUGUUCGAACCAAAUAAAGGAGAGGAUGAAGAAUCUAGUGACAAUUCUACUCAAUACUCUACAACAGAGGAGGAAGAACUUGAUGACGAAUUUGAGACGGCAGAUGCUUGGCGUAUUUCAUCGCUACAAUGGUGUAAAUGUGGGAAAUGCACGAUCAUGAAGAAGGCAAUUGAAUCGUUUUGUUUCCAUGAAAAGUCUCUUGAAUAUGACGAAUACGAUGAAAAUCUGACAGCUGCACAAAAUCAAGGACUAGAUUGUUUUACUAGUUUGUCAUCGUUUCAACAAAAUAUGUUGUCGAAAGACGUCCUCGAGGUUGUUUAUUUUUCAUAG